AUUUGAAUUUGUGAGCUUGGGGGACAACAGCUUGAACUGAUCCUGGUAUGUCUUAUUCGCGCACUAGGUAUUAGAACACAUAGACGUGAAUCCAGAUUGAAAAACAAUACUAGCGAUAGCGGGGAGUACUUUAUCACUCUUUGUUUUUUUUCUGAAACAACAUUAUUUUUUUUCUUCACUGUCUCUGUGUCUGGAAGAAGAGCAACGAGCAACAGACGGUUCUGUUGCAGCUAUUUCUCACCAAGUGACUUAAUUUUCUGCAAACAUCCGGCUAUUAGAUGUGACCACGAGGUUGAUCAGGAGAAGCCACCAUGUCUUAAGCACAGAAGGGCCUUCUGGACCCCUACCCCCUCCCCACCCUGGACCACCGUCCCCCUCCCCCAUUCAUCAAUUUUCAUCACUUACUCCUUCUCCCAGCCCCGCUCAACUCCCUGAUCUCCCUGCACAUGUGAGGGACAGGUUACCCUGUCCUGUCUCCUCAGUGGCCAAUCCCUCCCCACCUCCAGGAGAGAUGAGCCUACAUAAGCACCGUCAGUUUGGCAGUGGUAGUGGUGGGGUAAUGGGCUCUGACCGGGAUCUGCAAUCCACAACCUCCACCAUUUCCCUGUCCUCUGUGAAGAAGGCUCCCAAGAAAAGACGCCUAUCCCUGGCUUCUCUUUUUAGAUGGCGGGGACGGGAGGCCAAAUCCAUACACCGAAAGUCUCGAGAGCUGCAUAACUCUGGACCAGGAGGACUUACUGGGGUGGAUGGUAUUGCUAACAUCGAGAGUAUCCAUUCCGAGAUGUGUUACGAUAAGACCUCUACCCUCUUCAAUGUGGCUGGGGCUGGAGCUGCCUCUGCUGCUGCUGCCGCCCCCUCAUCUGCCUCUGGAACUUGUUUCUCGGCCUCCACCUCAUCUUCCUCCAAGCAAGGGGGUGGAGGAGGGAAGGAGUUUUUGGAGUGUCCCCUGUGCCUUCUGCACCACUCUAAGGAGAGUUUCCCUGAGAUUAUGACAUGUCACCACCGCUCCUGCAUCGACUGCCUACGCCAGUACCUGCGCAUUGAAAUUUCAGAAUCACGUGUCAACAUUAGUUGCCCUGAGUGCUCGGAGCGUUUCAACCCACAUGACAUCAGCAUGAUUCUUAAUGAUCGCGGGCUGAUGGAGAAAUACGAGGAGUUCAUCCUCAGAAGGUGGUUGGUGGCGGACCCUGACUGUCGUUGGUGUCCGGCACCUGACUGCGGGUAUGCAGUUAUUGCCUUUGGUUGUGCUAGCUGUCCCAAGAUCACAUGCGGGAGGGAGGGUUGUGGUACCGAGUUCUGUUAUCACUGUAAGCAGCUAUGGCACCCCAACCAGACCUGUGAUGCUGCACGACAACAGAGAGCCCAAAGCCUCCGCCUGAGGACAAUUCGUUCAUCAUCUCUCAGCUAUAGCCAAGAGAGUGGAGCUGCAGCUGAUGACAUCAAGCCAUGCCCACGCUGUGCUGCUUACAUCAUCAAAAUGAAUGAUGGCAGCUGUAACCAUAUGACCUGUGCCGUCUGCGGCUGUGAGUUCUGCUGGCUUUGUAUGAAGGAGAUCUCAGACUUGCAUUACUUGAGUCCGUCAGGGUGUACCUUUUGGGGGAAGAAGCCAUGGAGCAGGAAGAAGAAGAUCCUUUGGCAACUUGGAACGCUUGUCGGUGCCCCUGUUGGCAUUGCACUGAUCGCUGGCAUAGCUAUCCCCGCCAUGGUUAUUGGCAUCCCGGUAUAUGUUGGAAGGAAGAUUUACAAUCGCUAUGAAGGUAAAGAUAUCUGCAAACACAAGAGGAACCUGGUGAUUGCAGGUGGUGUUACGCUGUCUGUCAUUGUGUCACCAGUGGUUGCAGCAGUCACUGUCGGCAUUGGUGUUCCCAUCAUGCUGGCAUAUGUAUAUGGUGUGGUGCCCAUCUCGCUGUGCCGUAGUGGGGGCUGCGGUGUCUCCGCAGGAAAUGGAAAAGGUGUUCGCAUAGAAUUUGAUGAUGAGAAUGACAUGAAUGUUGCCACCGGGGCAACAACCACUGAUUCAACAUUUGUGGCAGACACCAGGAACAACCCCAGUGUAUGUGAAGGCAGUGUUGGGGGUCUUACAGGCAGUUUAAGUGCCAGUGGCAGUCAAAUGGACCGACUUGGGGCCAUCAGGGACAAUCUAAGUGAGACGGAGUCCACGGUGGCCUUUGCAGAAGCCAGCAUCACAGGAAGCCUUUCCAGCAAUGCCAUGGUCCACUACCUGAGCAGGUUGGAGGUGCAGGCUGAUGUGCAGAAGGACCUUUGCAGUCUCAGUGGUGAGUCGGGUUCUGUCAGCUUGGGAACAGUCAGCGACAGUGCAAGUACUAAAGCAUUGGCUGGAUCCAUUCUUAAUACCCGCAUUCCCUUUGACAGAGAUGGGAACAGUAUGGAAGUCCAGGUUGACAUUGAAUCCAAACCUGCCAAAUUACGGAACCACAGUAGCAGCAGCAGUGUAGAUGGCAGCCAUGUUGGCCGCUGUGGCUGGACCUGCCCCUCUAAUGACUGCGUGGUCUCAGAGGGCCGAGGAGCAUCUACCAAGUGGGUCAAAGAAACAUGUUGCCCCUCCUCUUCCAGCUUAGGAGGCAAAAAAUGCAAAGGCAAACUGCACAAGAAAGGUGGUGGUGGUGGCACGAAGAUCAGUGAGACAAGAGAGGACAUGGGCACUCAGCUUUUGGAGCAACAUAGCACCAACUCUUUAGAGUUUGACUCUCCUUCUCUGAGCAGCAGUCUGCCCUCUAUUUCUGACUCUCACUCCAGCCACUUCUCAGAGUUCAGCUGCUCUGACCUGGAGACCCUGAAAACAUCGUGUCGCCACGGCGCUGGCGGAGGCGACUCCCACACCCCCUUCGCCACUGUCGGCCCCUUACCUGAGGUGGAGAACGACCGGCUGGAGACCUGCCCUACUUCUCGGACUUCCUGCCAGGGCCAUGGUGCCGCUGCUCCCCACUCACCCACCUCCUCGCUUGGGCAUGCAGAGGUUCCCACUCUCCACUUUAUCACAGAGGAGAGUGUCAGCUUGAUGUGCCCCUCUCAGUUACUAAAAGAAGCUAACAACAAUGACCACCAAGCAGAACACGGCACUCAAACCCAGCAGUCCGACAACUCAUGCAUACACACAGACAUAUGAAAUAUACUGUAACACCUUAAGUGCUGCAUCUUUUCAUUCAGUAAAAUAUCACAUAACACAUUUAUGUCAAUCUGUGGACAACCACUGUGCCAGUUUCCAUCAUACAUGCCUUUUAGCUGUAGGAAUUGUAUCGAGAUGGUGCUUGAAAGCUCUCGAGCUUCUUGAUGAGUUUGGGGUUGGGGUUAGGAGGUCAUUCCCCGACUACAAAUGAUCUCAAGAAAUGUUUGUUCUGUUCAGAAGACGACGUAUUCAGACUGACUGGCCUGGCUCACCGAGUAUGAUAAACGUGUUUCUUUUUGGUGCCUUCAUGAAGCAGUUUGUGUUGUGUCUUAAGAACCCCAGACCAUGAAUGUCUGCGUCAAGGGGAUGGAGAGUUCCUCUCAUAAGCAACAUACUGAGACAUGGAGAACUUGGAAAAUCAAGACUUUUCAAUUGCCUACCAAAGACAGCACUCAGGCUCUUGUUAAAUCUUAUGUCCUGUCCCCUGUAGACACACUGGUCCACUCUUUAUAGAACAUUGGGUGUAAGAACUACGUAGAAAUUAAACUGGGGAUUGCUGUUUCAUACACACUUCAUCAACCUAACAACUGAAGACACAUAGCAGCCGAAGGCACAUGCACUGUUAUUUCUUCUAAUAUUGUUCAUCUGCAAGGUUCAUAAGGCCCACUUGGAGUGAGUUGUCUUGAUUUCCCGUGCAGUCUUUGCGUUGCCAGUUGGUGCUGCUAUGCUGACUUCAGGUCAAAUGGUAUUUUCUACGCAUCUGUUUUUUUCUUCAGCCUGCCUUUACUGCUCACAGGCUGCAUCGCGGCCUCUGGCACGGCUCAGGUGAACUCUUAUCAGGUGGAUAAACACACAUUGAAUUGUAUGUCAACCCAUGUUGUAUUUUACGGAUUUAAACAUUUCCCUCCACAUUACGUUGGCUGCAUCUAUACCCCAUUAUCUUUUGUUGCGCUCUUUCCGUUUCUUGUUCAUCAGUAAGAUGGUCCUGACUUAAAAAGUGGAUAGUUGGAUUUUUUGACAUGAAGUUGUAUGACAUCCCCAUCAUCAGUGUAGUGUAUCAACAGAGACUUACUUACUUACUUAAAGUAUAGAGUUUUGCAUCACAAAACCGUUGCUAACAAAAAAGACAUACCUCUCAGUCGCUCUGCAUUAUUUCCUCUCAGUUUGUAUCACUACGCGCUCUCGCUAGUCCAUUGUUGUGUGUGUGUUCCACAGAGGAGGAAGACUGCUGCGAGACGUGAGUCUCCUGUUGCAGCAGUCUCCAUCUGUGCAUGUUAACACCGUGGAACACACACACAACAAUGGACAGGUGAGAGCACAUUGUGAUACGGAGAGUGAAUAAGGCCAAGCGACUGAGAAGUCUGACUUUUGUGAUGCAAAUGUGUUACUCUUUUGAAUGCAUAUUGAUUUGAGAAGUCAAACUCUUUACUAAAGUGAUCCCAGCAACUAACCGGAACUAUGUUCCUCCUUACCGAAAUCUGACCGGAACUCCGCUCACAAUACGAAGUGGGGGGUAAGUCUCUGUUGCUACACUACACUGAUGAUGGGGAUGUCAUACAACUUCAUGUAAAAAAAUCUGAACUGUCCCUUUAACACACAAGUGCCAGACAUACAGGUAAUUGUAGAGAUCCUAAGGCAAGGGUGUUCAAUAUGUGGCUCACGCCACUUUCUGAAAAUUGAACAAGAAAACAAACAAACAAAAAAAAUGGCAAAAAUGGAAAAAUCUGCCCGGCGACCCUAAUGAGGAUAAACGGCAUAGAAAAUGGAUGGAUGGAUGGGAAAACCUGCAGUAAUUUUACAAAGCCAAAAAAGUUGUAGUUUUAUGAGAAUGUAUUAGGAGUAAAAAUAAUCAUUUUAGUAGCAAAAAGUUGAAAUAUUAAAGAUAUUUAUUAAAGAUGUUAAGUCAGAAUAUGAGAACCAAAACUAAUACAUUUGUAAUUUUCAGAAAAUUAGUGGAAAAGUUAUGUUUCAAGUCAUAAUUAUGAGAAAAUUUACAAGAAGUUGAAAUAGUUGGAAUAUAUAAAAAAUGGCAGAAAUGAAAAAAACAGCUGUAUAUUUACAAGAGUCAAGACAAAAUAUUAAGAGAAAAAAAGUCUGAUUCUAACUAAAAAAAUUUGCCAUUUUACAAAAAUAAACAUGGAACAUGAGAAAAAUGUCAAUGAGAAACAAAACAAAAUGAAGUUGUAAUUGAUUUUCGUAUAUGGGAAUAAAGUCUAAAUAUUACGGAAAUAGUCAUAAUACGAGAAGAAACUUCACGAAGAUUGAGGAAAGUUGAAAUAUUUUUGAAAAUAAAACCGCAAAAAGGGGUGGAAUAAAAAGAGCCAAGAACAGGGUUCACAAUACGCUUUUGACCUAUUUUACAAAGCUGAGAUGCAUUUAUGUUUUAAAUAUAACUUCUUAGCAUAUCUACAUGUGUUUACACAAUAUCACAGUGAUACCCUUGAGUAUUUGGCCCUCUGGGAGAAAUGUUUGGACACCCCUGUCCUAAGGUAAUUGUUUUGGAAUUUGCAUUGUUUUAUCCAUGAAAAUGCAUAUCAAAAUAAAAACAAAAAAAUAAUAAAUGACAUUUUUGGCCCUCAUUUUUCCUUUUUUUGUUGGUGCAUAUGGAAUGCUUACACAAAUAUUUUAUACAUUUUUAAAGCAAAUGAAAAGUAAAAACUACAGCCAAGAGAACCCCCCCCCAAAUAAGUAUUGACAAAUCAAAAAAAUCAAGACAUGCAAGCAACAUUCAUUGUGCUAAUAUCACUUUCCUUACUGUUAAAUAGUUUGUAUGCAUUAUUUUUAUAAUUGCAGUAUAUUUUUACUCUCAUAGUAAAAUGUUGUUCCAAAAUUAUAUAUUUCAUUUGUAUGUCAACGUCCUAAUUCUAAGGUGACCAAAAAAAUGUAUUCGCUAUCAUGUACCUUCUACAAGUUCACAGCAGGAGCUGGAACCUAUCCCAACUGACUUAGGUCGUGAAAGCAGAACUGGUCACCAGUCAAUCACCAGGUUGUAACUGCUAUCCACUACUAAUGGCUGCUUUAAGAAACACAACAUUUGGGUUAGUUUUAAGCUGUAUUUUCACCAGUUCAACAGUAUCUACUGUAAAGAUAAUCAUGCAGAUCUACUGUAUGUCUUCCAUACCAAUAAUACAGCCUAUAGUUAUAGAACUUUGUGGUCUUCCCCUACAGCAAGGAAUGUCUUAAUUAGCCCAACGUCAAAUUCCCAAAGUCAUCCUCUUCAAUUCAACAUUCUGAUAUUAAAAUACUUAAAAUUGCCAAAACCAAACACAUUUUAGACCCAAUUUACCAGUACACUCAAGGUCCAUAGUACUGUGAAUACUUGAAAAUGAACAGAGUGGUACAAAAGUAAUUCUCUGUAGCAAAAUUUCCUUUAAAGAAAUAUAUAUUUUUAUGCAAUCACUUUACAGUCUCAGGUCGUUUACAGCGCAGACCAGUUAAGUCAAUGUGUUUCAGUUUGAAUAUAUUGCUUUGGGACACAUUCCACAGCCGCCUGCAUUCUUAUAGAGCAGUUUUGCAUAGACCCAGGAGGUGUUGUGGUGCAGCAGCUGAUGCGGGCAAAGAUGCGGUCGGUUCAGAUGUAUACGUUUGCCAGGUUCUGAACAUCAUUCUUGGUGAACUCUGUGCUCUCUACAGCUGACAGGUGCUCAAACAGCUGAUGCACGUGGCUGCGCUCGUCCUUCUCCAUAAGCAUCAGUGCAACCUGAGGAAACAGCAUACUCCUAUUUCAUAUUUUGGAUUUACCACAUUUACAAGGCAACAAAUUAAGGUAUCCACUGUUGGGAGAUAUUUGCAUGUAAUUAAAAAAAAAAAAUGGUACGGCACCAACUAUGUGCAUUUUUUUUACUUCCAAUUUCUCAGGAAUCCAACAGCAAUGGACU